AUGCACAACCAUCUUUUGUCCCAAAGUGAACUUCCAGGCUUCUUGAAUAUUCAGAACAACUGCAGCCACUGCCCGAAGGAGCACAGACAAACCUAUGGCAACACUAGGGAACCUCUCCUUGAAAACCUGACCAGUGAGUAUGACUUGGAGCUUUUCCGGAGAGCACAAGCACGGGCAUCUGAGGACGUGGGCCAGAUCACAGAAGGCAGCAACAUGAUUAAAACCAUCGCGUUUGGCCGCUACGAGCUGGACACCUGGUACCACUCCCCCUACCCAGAGGAGUAUGCUCGCCUGGGCCGUCUCUACAUGUGUGAAUUCUGCCUCAAGUACAGGAAGAGCCAGACAAUACUUCGCAGGCACAUGGCAAAAUGUGUUUGGAAACACCCACCGGGUGAUGAAAUCUACCGGAAAGGCUCCAUCUCAGUGUUUGAAGUGGAUGGGAAGAAGAACAAGAUCUACUGUCAAAACCUGUGUCUGCUGGCAAAACUUUUCUUGGACCAUAAAACACUGUAUUAUGAUGUUGAACCCUUCCUCUUCUAUGUCAUGACAGAAGCUGACAACACUGGCUGUCACCUGAUAGGUUAUUUCUCCAAGAAGAAUUCUUUUCUCAGCUACAAUGUUUCUUGUAUCCUGACAAUGCCCCAGUACAUGAGGCAAGGUUAUGGCAAGAUGCUCAUUGACUUCAGCUAUUUGCUUUCUAAAGUAGAAGAAAAAGUUGGCUCUCCAGAACGUCCUCUGUCUGAUUUAGGGCUCAUCAGCUACAGGAGCUACUGGAAGGAAGUUCUUCUUCGUUACCUGCAUAAUUUCCAAGGAAAAGAGAUUUCUAUCAAAGAAAUCAGCCAGGAGACUGCAGUGCAUCCUGUUGACAUUGUUAGCACCUUGCAGGCACUUCAGAUGCUCAAGUACUGGAAGGGAAAACACCUGGUCCUGAAAAGACAGGAUCUGAUUGAUGAAUGGAGAGCCAAAGAGGCUAAAAGAUCCAACAGCAAUAAGAUCAUGGAUCCCAGCUGAUUGAAAUGGACAAGUUCCCUUCCAUCGGUGACUUCAUAA